AUGCAUAAUGAAUUGCAAAAGAAAUUGGAUUGUGACGAGAAAAUUAAAGCAAUACGGGCUCAACUUCACCGUACAGGCGAGCGAAUUCGCCAUAAGAAAUGGAAGGUAAUUAGCUUAAUUACUGAGGUAGCUAGAUGUAUGUUUAAAAUCCAGCUAGUGUCAGGAUUUAAUGCAUGGAAGCUAAGUAAUAAGUUAUAUUUAGUCAUUUUAGUCAGUCCAUUACUCACUGGCCUCACUUUCUUUCUCUUUUACCCACUUCUAAUUAUUCAUGUACUCUAUGCAUAAACACAGUUUAACUGUAUUGAAUUAAAUUUACUUUCCAAUUUUACCAUUUAUUUUAUUUGUACGUCUUAUUUAAUGUUAUAUAAUAAAAAUAUGUUAUGGGUGAGAGAAAGAAGCCGUAAGUGAUUUCUGAUAAACUGUGUAAUUCUCCUUUCACGUUGCCCUUGGUACAGUGCAUUUCCAUGUGAAUAAAAGGAGAAUUUUACAUUACAACAAAAGUCACUUAAGGCUUUUAUUCCAUGCACCCCGUUUUUAAAUUUAUUAUCCUACAGAUUGAUGAGGUGACAGGUCAGAGUGAAUGUGAAGUAGUGGAAAACAAAAAGGCAAGACUCCCUCACACAACAAGUGAGCUUCAUUUGCUGUCAAGUGAGAAACUAAACCUUUCAAGGGCACAGGCUAUGCGAAGGAGAAGAAAAACCCUUGGAGGACUGAGGCCAGUUCAUUGUGGGAGGAAGAAAAUAUCAAACCAGCCUGACAAACCUAUCAUGGAUGGUAUGUGGACUACACUGAUAAACACUGCCCCCAAACAAUGCAUGAAAGAAUACAUUAGCAAAACAAAAACCUGUACAGAUUUUAUAAUACCACAAAUUGUACAGACCAACAUCCAUGAGUACGAGAACAGUUUGCGAAAUAAAGUGAGAAGCAUGCGUGUUCUGUAUGAAGGUGGGCUUCUAAGCAGAAAAAAGUACACCAGUAUUCGGAACACCAUAGAUGUAGUCAAGGAAAGUGGAAAAAAUUGUAAAAACAAGAAAACUGAAUUUAUGAAAAAUUGUGAAAUUCCCAAGAUUGUGUCUUACAAGACCUUGACAAGUGUUAGUCAAAGCAUUGACGCUGGUGAGAUGAUUCAUUUGGAGACAUUUGCUGCCAGAUUUAAUGUUGAGGCAUUUGCUGGAGUGUACAGGCCUCUGAAGCCAUUUCUCUUACAGCUUGCUGACCUAUAUCUGUUUCUUGAU